GAGGAGGAGAAGGAUCAGGAGGAGGAGGAGGGGGAGGCCGAGGGCGAGGGGCCCAGGGCGAGCGGGAGGCAGAGGGCGAAGGCGAGACCUCGAGGCCGCCUCUCGCCGCCUGCGGAGGAGGAGCCUCUCGGGCGGGCCGCGCUCCAAGAAGCCCCCCCUCUCUGGGCGUCGGAGAGCACCGCUCCCUCGGCCGGAGGCGGGGGGCCUCCCGGGGCCGGAGCGGGUCGCCGGGGCGCGGAGUCAUCGGGGGGGGGGAGGAGGAGGAGGAGGAGGACCAGGAGGAGAAGGAGAAAGGAGAGGAGGAGAAUCGAGAGCAGGACGCCACACGCACAGGCGCGGGCAGCUCGCAAGAGUCGUGGCUGCCGGUUGGGCAACUCGCAGGCGUCCGUGGCGGCCCCGGAACAGUGGAGCGCCUGGGCAGCACCGCUCAAAAAGGCAGCCCGUGGCAACUAUCUCCGCUCCCUUCCCAUAGCUCCUGCUGCCCCCCUCCGCCCUCCCAGCCCUCGCAGCCUCUCCGAGGCCCGAGGGCCGCCCACGCUCGUGCCAGGGCGGCAGCUCCGCAGGAAGGGUGGCGCUGCCAGAUGUGGAGCGCGGGAGGAGGAGGAGGAGGAGGAGGAAAAGGAGGAGGAGGAGGAGUUAACCAGUGGCCAGCUUCAAACACGUGGAAAGGGCCAGCCCUUCGAGCAAGGGAGGCAGUCGAGAACACUAAACCUCCCCAGUUGGGGAAGCCUGCUCAACUUCUCCGAAAAGAUUCUGAGCGCCGCGUGUGGCGUGACCUCGUGGCCAGUAGACGUAGCUGCCUUUGGGAGGGAGAAUCAUGUCGUGAAUCGUGAUGGGGACCGACGUACCUGGCCCCGGUGUGCACACUGCUGA